CCUGUGAUUCUGUUGUUGCUGCAGUAUAAUAUUUAUUAAUAGAAUUUGUAGGCGUUUUCCGAUUGGAUUUUAGAGAGAGGGAAAACGUUAUACUACUCCUGAUAAUAAACAUUAGACUGUCAGCACCAUGAGUAUAAGAGCGUUCGAAUUAGUUCCAGCUAUAGAAACUGUUACUCAAAUUUCACCGGCACAUGAUAAGUCAAAAUCAUCAGAGAGGGGGCCGCAACUACAAGUCCAACAACAGAUUGAAUGCAUCGAGUCAUGUGGGAAAAAUAUCUUCAUUGGAACGAAUGAUGGGUAUAUCAUAGAAUAUUCCUUUGAUGAAAAAAUGUUGAAUGGACGAACUGGUUAUGAAAGUCAUCAAACAAAGCAUAGGUUUUUAGGACAGAAGAAGCCAGUCAACCAAUUAAAGGCAGCUUCCGCAUUGUAUAGACUUCUUGUACAGUUUGACGGCAGUGUUUUUAUGCUAAGCAUGUUUGAUCUUGAGCCUGUGACAACAGCAAGCAAAGCAAAAGCUACAUCAUUUUGCUUGAAUGAAAAUCCGGACUCUAACAACCCAUUCAGCGUUCAGAUGUGUACAGCGAGUAAGAAGAAACAACUGCAUCUCUUCACUGUGACAGAGGAUAGGAUCAUGCACGAUCACGAAAUUCAGCUUCCCGAUCUGCCGGUCACCAUGGCAAUGGAUGGCUCCCACAUCUGUAUAGCACUGACCAGUCAGUACAUUGUCAUCAACUGUGACACGAACAGAUUGCAAGACCUCUUUCCUUACGAUAGCGAGACCACUAUGCCAUUUGUGAAACGAGUUGCAAAGGAAGAAUUUCUACUCAGUGGUCCGAGUGCUUUAGGCAUGUUUGCCAGUGCAUCUGGCAUCUCACAGCGCCCCCCAGUGCACAUGAUAGACAACUUAGCAUCCAUUUGCUACAGCCACCCAUACGUGCUUGCCAUGAACGAACAGUUUAUAACAGUGCACAGUGUAAUAGACCAACAACAGAAGCAGAUAAUAUCAUUUAAUGGUGGCAGAGUUCUGGGAGAGUUUGACGGUCGUAUAUUUGUUGCGUCUGCCAGGGAAGUAUAUGGAGUUGUACCUGUGCCAUGGGAGAUCCAGAUACAGUCAUUACUGGCAGACAAACGUAUUACAGAGGCACUAGACUUGGCUAGAAACUCAUACAAGACUGGGCUCACCAAGGACAGAUUUAAUAAAAUUUAUGAAACAAUACAACAACAGGCUGGCUUUAUUGAAUUCUCCCAGCAUCGCUUUAGUGAAGCUGUGGAGCUGUUCAAGUCUGGAUUAGUCGAUGCCAGGGAGGUGAUCAGUUUGUAUCCAUUGCUGAUGCCCCGCUCAUCAAACUACACACGUGCUGUACCAGCACUGCAUGAUCUCGCAGACAUACGCCAGAUCACCCAUGGCAACCAGCAACAGAUGAGCGAGUACAAGCAGUUUCUGGCAGAUUUUCUGGAGGACAUCAGAGAGACUAGGCGGGUGCUCGCGUGCCGAGAGGAGGUUGAUACGGCUCUAGUAAAGCUCUACGCAGAGAUGGACACCGAUAAGCUAUGUAAGCUGGUGCAGAAUAACUGCAAAGCAGACCUCUCUGACUGUACUGAGGUGCUGCAGCAGCAUGGCCGAUACCACGCUCUAGCAUUGCUGCACAGAGCGCGUGGGGAUCUCAAUAGUGCUCUCGCUCUCUGGACCAGGAUGCUUGAUGGUGAACUGGAGGGUGACCCAUUAGUAAACAUUAAAUACAUGGCAAAAAUUUUAACAUCUGUGACAGACCAGCAUUUAAUGUGGAAGUAUGCAGACUGGCUUCUUAAAAAAGAUGAAAAACUUGGUGUGACAAUGUUUACUUGUCAGUCAGUAGAUGGCGCUGAAUUGGAACCUGCACAGGCGCCUGCGGUGCUGGAGUUUCUCCAGCGUUACCCUGAAGCAUUACUUAAAUACCUCGAAUACCUGGUCUUCUCCCUUAGACUGGAGAAAGAGAAAUAUCACACACAUUUGGCACUUUUGUACAUGAACAACGUGCAGAACCUGAUGAAAACUAACAAUACGGAGCAGGGCCUCCUAGAAGAUGCUAGACGGAGACUGCAAACCAUGCUCCAGGAUUCAUCUGCCUACAGAGUGCACAUUCUGCUCGGUAAAGCACAAGAACUAGAGCUGAGCGCAGAGUGUGCAAUACUGCAUGGAAAGCUUGAGGAGCAUGAGCAGGCCUUGGAGAUCCUCGUACAUCGGCUGCGAGACUACGCAGCUGCUGAGCAGUACUGCAGUGUGAAUGCUCGUGGCCGCUCUCGCUCGUACAGACACAAGCUCUUCUACAACCUGCUCACAGCCUACAUGAGCCAGCCAGCCGAUGGUAAUACAGAGACAGCGAAAGCCUUAAUGGAAGCUGCGAUUAGUCUGUUGAACAGUAGCAAGGCAGAGUUUGACGGAGCAGAGGUGCUGAGGCUCAUUCCAGAGGAUUGGCCGAUAUCUCUCGUGCGACAGUUUCUGGUGCGUACGGUUCGCAGGAGCCAGCAUGAAUGCCGGAUGAAGCUCGUAGAACAAGCACUAGCACAGGGUGCAAGGGCCGGGGCUGAAGUUGCGACAGCCUCCGUGAUGAACCGAAGUGAGAUCGUGACUGAGGACAGGUGCUGUGCUGUGUGCCAUAAACCUUUCAGAGAUCCACAGUUUCUGAGGUAUCCGAAUGGUAUAGUCUCCCACAUACACUGCUCUAACCAUCGGCACAUUUGCCCUGUCACUGGCAAAUUGUUCAAAGUGAUACUGCCACACCCAAGGUCAGGAUCACCUACAAAGACUACUAGUUUUCAGUCAUCAGUCACCAAACCGCAAAUUCGCGAAUCUUGACCGGUGUGGUCUGUUAGUGACACAGUGUAUAUAGCAAUGUGGACAGACCUCGAAAAAAGUAUGAGCGUAGAGCUACGAAAAAAGCAAGCAAACGUUGGUGAUAUAACAGUGUUAGUCAGUAGUGCAACGUGUAAAGGCUGCGGUGCAUGCUGAGCUCUCUCAGGCUAAGACAAAGCUAAUCUUGUGUAAAUGUGUGAAAUAUUCAGUGUAGAUACACCUCGUACGCAUAGAUUCAUGGUAUUACACGUGUACUAUACAGACUAUGCGCUAAGUGUGUACACUUUAUAAGCCACAUUGCCUUCAAUGAUAGCUAGAGCUAGUAGUUCUUCCACGUAAAAUUUUGCCAUCGUGCAUCACCCCAAUUACAUCUCACUCUCUCAUUGAUUUUCACUUUCACAUAAAAGGUCACUGCUACAUAAUGAAAAUUGUGCCCCGAGCAAAAUGUGCAAAUAUGGAUUUCAUUAAUGAAUAGAAUGACGAUAUUAAAGUUCAUGAUAUAUAGAAAUACCAGACAUACAGCUUAUUUCGAACAUGGUAAUCAAAAGGAAAAGCUCAGCCUACCUCAGUGCAAUGCAAUUUUUAACUGUGAUCUAUUGUGUUUAAGACUUUUUUUUAACGAAAAUAAAAUUUACUUUCCUCCGGUAUAGUAAAAGUAGCUUUAUAGUGAACAUCAAUAGAAGGGCUAAAACUUUAUUUUUAACAUUGAAGCGGUUCCAGAGUUGUUUAAUUGAUGCUGAUAUUUGUGUGCCAGAACCAUGUGAUGCUGAGUGGAAAUCGAUCUAUUUAUAAUUACUGCUUGCUCUAUUCCAAGAUAUAUAGAUAUGCGGUCUAUAUAAUAUCUUGGAAUAGAGCAAGCAGUAUUGAUAGAUAGAUAUGCUCUGAGCGGCUCUUUAUAUAGUACAAUCGAUUAGCACCAAGGCAAUCAGUUGCCACGCACAAUCAACGUUUUCAAUUAGCAGACUGAGAGGGUGAGAGAACUUAAAUAAAAAAAGGUGACGUCAAGCUCAACGUGCCAAAUCGCAUCGGUUCACUGGCGUUUGGUAUUUGUCUUGCGGUAUGCUACGGUAGCUGCGUGGCUUGGCUAUACGCGAUGCAGGACGUUAUGCGUGCGGUUAUGCGAUUAUAUUUCCUGACAUGCGUAUCAUGUGUCAUGUAAUCUGUUGUAUUUUUUGCGAGUUGUUCGUAAUCGUGUUUAUGGCCGUGACUAUUUUCAUCGUAAGACUAUUAUCGAUUUUGUAUAUAUUAAAUAUAUAUAAGAAUGAGCUGUACUUAUACCAAAAGUGGGCCGUUUUCAUUAUGUUUUGACCACACCAACAUUGAAAUAUAACACUCACACUGUGAAAAAUAAUCAUGUGAUGAAUUAAAAAAUACAUAUUAACAAUGUUA